GGGGCGCGAAACGGUGCGGGCACGAUGUCCAUGGAGGCUCUCGUCGCGGCGCUCCAAGAUCCGGAGACGCGCGAGAAUGCGCUGCUGGACCUGAGCAAGAAGAGGGACAUGUUCACGGACUUGGCGCCCAUCUUGUGGCACUCCUUCGGCGUCAUCCCCGCGCUGGUCCAGGAGAUCGUGUCCAUCUAUCCCCUGCUCUCGCCGCCGUCGCUCACGAACCACGCGUCCAACAGGGUGUGCAACGCGCUCGCGCUCCUGCAGUGCGUCGCGUCGCACCCAGACACCCGCGCGUUCUUUCUCAACGCGCACAUCCCCCUGUUCCUGUACCCUUUCCUGAACACGGUGAGCAAAACGAGGCCGUUCGAGUACCUCCGGCUCACGUCCCUGGGCGUCAUAGGCGCGCUGGUCAAGGUUGACGACACCGACGUGAUCAACUUUUUGCUCUCCACGGAGAUCAUCCCGCUGUGCCUGAGGACCAUGGAGCUCGGGAGCGAGCUGUCCAAGACGGUCGCCACGUUCAUCGUGCAGAAGAUUCUGAGCGAUGAGGUCGGAUUGAACUACAUAUGCGCCACCGCCGAACGAUGCUACGCCGUGGGCACUGUGCUGGGCGGGAUGGUCACCAUGCUCGCGGAACAGCCGUCGGUGAGGCUCCUGAAGCACAUCAUCAGGUGCUACUUGCGACUGUCUGACAACCCGCGGGCGCGGGAGUGCCUCCGCCAGUGCUUCCCGGAUCAGCUGCGGGACCCGAACUUCACCGCCUGUCUCAAGGACGAUGUGGCGACGCAGAAGUGGCUGAUGCAGCUCCUCAUGCAGCUGGGUUCAAACUAAGUGUUAGGGGGUUUUAGGGGGUUGUUUCAGGGUACUAGGCCCUGAAGUCGCAUACAAAAUCAUCACAUUCAAGAAGCGG